AAAGAAGAAGAAAGAAGCCGCACGCCAGGUUUUCCACUGUUACAAAAUUCUCCAUGAAAGCUCUUAUAUGAAUAAAGUAAUAAAGUGGCAAGGAAGAGGAACAUUUUGCAACAAUGAAGCUCAAUAUCGACGGUCUGUUAGUGUAUUUUCCUUACGACUACAUAUAUCCUGAACAAUAUUCGUACAUGUUGGAGCUGAAGAGGACGCUGGAUGCUAAGGGCCAUGGCGUCCUGGAAAUGCCUUCAGGAACCGGCAAGACCAUAUCACUGCUGUCCCUUAUUGUUGCCUAUCAGAGGGCGUACCCUCUGGAUGUUACCAAGCUUAUCUACUGUUCCAGAACGGUCCCCGAGAUUGAGAAGGUGGUAGAGGAGCUGAGGAAGCUGAUGGAGUUUUAUUCCAAAGAGACGGGCGAGAAAAAUAACUAUCUGGCUCUGGCACUCUCCUCCCGAAAGAACCUUUGCAUCCACCCGGAGGUGAGCAGCCUGCGCUUUGGCAAGGAAGUGGACGGAAAGUGCCACAGUCUGACGGCGUCGUACAUCCGCGCACAACAUCACAGUAACCCCAACCAGCCCGUUUGCCGCUUCUACGAGGAAUUUGAUGCGGUGGGUCGGCAGGUACCUCUUCCCGCCGGUAUUUACAACCUGGACGACCUGAAGGACUUUGGUCGCAGGAAAGGAUGGUGUCCCUAUUACCUUGCACGGUACUCGCUCCUGCACGCCAACAUCGUGGUGUACAGCUACCACUACCUGCUGGACCCCAAGAUAGCAGACCUGGUGUCCAAGGAGCUGGCCAAACAGUCUGUGGUGGUCUUUGACGAGGCGCACAACAUAGACAACGUGUGUAUCGAUUCCAUGAGUGUCAACAUCACCAGACGGACGCUGGACCGUUGCCAGGGGAACGUAGAUACGCUGCAGAAUACCAUUCAGAAGAUCAAGGAGACCGAUGCCUCCAAAUUGAAGGAGGAAUAUCGCCGCCUAGUGGAAGGUCUGAAGGAAGCAAAUGUGGCGAGGGAGACCGAUGUGUACCUGGCCAAUCCCGUGCUGCCGGAUGAAAUCCUAAAAGAGGCCGUUCCCGGCAACAUCCGCACGGCCGAGCAUUUUGUGGGUUUUCUGAAACGUUUCAUGGAAUACUUGAAGUCACGCCUGAGGGUGCAGCACGUGGUGCAAGAGAGCGCCCCGCAGUUCCUCAAGGACAUCUUUGAAAAAGUCUGCAUCGACCGCAAGCCUCUCAGGUUUUGCGCCGAGCGGCUGCAGUCGCUGUUGCGGACGCUGGAGAUCGCGGACAUCGCCGACUUCUCGGCCGUCACGCUUAUCUCCAACUUCGCCACGCUGGUCAGCACAUACAGCCAAGGUUUCACCAUCAUCAUCGAGCCUUUUGAAGACAGAACUCCAACUAUAGCCAACCCAGUGUUGCACUUCAGCUGCAUGGACCCUUCCAUUGCCAUCAAACCCGUCUUUCAGAGAUUCCAGUCGGUAAUCAUCACUUCAGGGACACUGUCCCCGCUGGACAUCUACCCUCGCAUCCUAGACUUCCGGCCCGUCACCAUGGCCUCUUUUACCAUGACACUGGCGCGAACCUGCCUCUGCCCACUGAUUGUCGGUCGUGGAAACGAUCAGGUGGCUCUCAGCUCCAAGUUUGAGACCAGAGAGGAUUUUGCUGUGAUUCGUAACUACGGCAACCUGCUGCUGGAGAUGUCCGCCGUGGUUCCUGACGGCAUCGUGGCGUUUUUCACCAGCUACGUUUACAUGGAGAACAUUGUGGCGUCCUGGUAUGAGCAGGGAAUCCUGGAGAACAUUCAAAAGAAUAAGCUGAUUUUCAUCGAGACGCAGGAUGCCGCAGAGACCAGCAUGGCACUGGAGAAGUACCAAGAGGCGUGCGAGAACGGCAGAGGAGCCAUCCUGCUUUCGGUGGCGCGAGGGAAAGUGUCGGAGGGGAUCGAUUUUGUGCAUCACUUUGGUCGAGCAGUCAUCAUGUUUGGCGUUCCGUACGUUUACACACAGAGCCGCAUCCUCAAGGCUCGUCUGGAGUACUUGCGGGAUCAAUUCCAGAUCCGAGAAAACGACUUCCUCACCUUCGACGCCAUGCGACACGCCGCGCAGUGCGUCGGCCGGGCCAUUCGAGGAAAGACUGACUAUGGACUUAUGAUUUUUGCAGACAAGCGUUACGCCCGAGCAGACAAGCGCGGCAAGCUUCCCCGCUGGAUCCAGGAGCACAUCAACGACGGCAGCCUCAACCUGACCGUGGACGAGACCGUGCAGCUGUCCAAGCAUUUCCUCAGACAGAUGGCUCAGCCUUUCAGACAGGAAGACCAGCUGGGUCUGUCUCUGCUGACGCUGGAGCAGCUGCAGUCAGAGGAGAUGUUGAAGAAGAUCGCCGAGAUGGCUCAUCAGAGCUAAAAGUUCCUUUAAGUCAUGAUUUUUUUUUUUUUGUCAAGCAGUGACAACACAGAAGUGGAUAGUCACUUGUCAAUGCGUCUGUUGUGCAGACAUUUAGACUUCAUACUGUACAUUUUGUAUCAUAUUAGUGUUUUUCAAUGACAACAGGUCAACAUAACUGUGAAAGGCCUUUGCAGUCAUCAAAAACACUCUGCCAUCAGGAAAAUAAGCAAGACCCUGAGUUAUAUCCCAUUUUCAAAAUACCGUAUUGGCCCGAAUAUAAGACGGCUCUGAUUAUAAGACGACCCCUUCGUUUUCAAGACUCAAGUUUGAAAAAAAACUUUUUGAACACCAAAUUUUUAUACAGAAAAUGAUUACAGUACAUCCGGAACAAAUGAUUAUAACAAUAUAUUUGAGAGGAAAAGCAUGUUAUUUUGCCUCAUUCAAAUCCUAAUAUCUGAACAUUUAAAUAUGUAAACUCAAGUGCAAUCACAUUCGUAAAUGAAUGGCUUCUGGUUUUUGAAAUGUAAAUAAACCAAUCUAUUGUGAUAAAACAAAAUUGCAAUAACUGCAUUAACCAUCAAAGUGAAGUUAACUGUAACUGUAGUCUUGAAAUAAAUCUGAAUAAGGAAAAACAUUGCAAUAAAAUAAAGCAAACUGGUUAAACUUGAGAGUAGCUGAGAUCUGUCAUGACAGAACAUCGCUUCAAUGAUAUCUGGCGCCAUCUAGCGUCGUGAAUGGGUAUAAUGUCUACACCGCGAAUAUAAGACGACCCCCUCUUUUUCAGCCUUAUUUCAAUGCAAAAAAACAGUUUCAUAUUCGGGCCAAUAUGGUAUUUGCCCUGAACAAUGCUAUCAUGUUAUUGUCCCACAUGUUUUUUUUGUUUUUUUUUUACAUAGUUUGCUGGUCCACAGUAAGUUAAUUACUAGUUUUAUAAUCAUAUGGAACAUUUUGGACACAUCUGUGAAAUGAACUGUCCGAUGUAUUAACUUCCACUCUUCCCACCAUAUUUUUGCAUUUCUGACAAUUAAGCGACUGCCUCAUACAAUAAAUGGUCAUUGAAAAAUAUUUUAUUGCCCGGGGCUGGUAA